UUUACAAAGAUUGCAUGUGACGUCAGUGUUCUUGUUAAUUUUAAUACAGUUUUAUAUUAUUAUUCCAGUUCAGGGAUUGAUGAAGAGUAUGGAGAGAAAGAAACUCUACUGGAUGAAAUUCUUUCAUUGGUGGAGAAUGAAGAAAAACAGAAAGAAAAAGAGAAAAAGGAAACAGAAGAAAAUCGGGGAAAAGACAUUAGAAAAAGAGCAAUGGAAAGCUUAACUCCUAAGAAAGGUGAUGAUGAAUCUAACGACGCCACCCCGUCAAAGAGAAACAGUUCUGGAAAUAUUGUUGGGUACUUAAAAGAAAAAAAUGAGGCCGAAAUGGUAUACCGAAGGCAAGAACUUGAAGUAAAAAAACAGCAACUGCAAUUGGAGGAGGAUAAAUUCCAAUUAGAGAAACAAGAAAGAAUUCAAAAACUGGAAAACGACAAACAAGAAAAAGCACUAUACCUGGGAAAAUGCCUUUUUCUCUUUACAUAAUGACAAAUGCAGUAAUUCGUCGGAGUCUUCUUAGGCUGCUAGCACUUUCAAGUUUUCCGCCAUAAAUAUCAAAUAUAAAACAAAGACAUUUAUUGGCAACUAUUUCAUUGCUUUCAGCCAAUGAGAUAUGAUGAUGCAUUACGUCUUUUACACGUACACGUAUACGUACGACUUUGCUAAACACAACGUGGCAUGAUAAAAAAAUACGACUACGUGUACUUCUAUUCUACACGUACGCGUUCACGUACACGAACGAUUG